AUGUCGCUCAAGGGAAAUAGCAGUAAUAAUAUAAGAGAAAAGAAGGACAAUGGCCGCUUUUUGAAAGAGGGGAGAAAAGUGGAAGGACAAGCAGAAGUAGCUUUUAUAGGAGACAGUAAUUUCCGUGGAUUGCUGGAAUAUGAAUUGAAAGAAUGGCAACUGGACAGAGGAAUGAUAGUUAGAUGUUAUUCGGGAGGAAGAGCCAAUGAUAUGCUUAAAAAAUGUUGUCUGCCUGACGAAAGUAGAGUAAAGACUGUAGUUAUAGGAAUUGGAGGAAAUGAUUUGAAUGGUUGUAAUGAUGUACUGAAUGAAUUGGAUGAAAAUAAUAAAAAAAGUAAAGCUGAUAAAGUUAUCCAAAUUGUAGCAGAUAAAAUCACAGAUGUAGCGAAAUUGUAUAAAGGUAUUGCAAAGAGGGUAUAUGUUAUGUUACCUGGCCUUAGAAAAAAAAUGAAAAACAGUUAUGUAUUGAAAUUAAACAGAUUUUGUAAGGAAAAGCUAGACGAUAUGAACAUUGAGUAUCUAGAUACUGCAGAAGAAUUGCUAAAAGAAAAGCAACUGAUAGAUUGUGUCAUUGAUGGAGUCCACUACAGAGAUUCAUUUUUGAAGAAAAUGAUCGGCAAGAUAUGCAAAAGCCUUGACCUGCCUUUUCAAUUGCCGGAAAUAAAACCAACUAAUUGGCCAGCCACAAUGCCCGAACAGUGUUUUGCCUGUGGGGAGAAAACCACUAACCAUGAAUAA